AUGGCGCAAAUAUCAUCACCUGGCGAAGGCGCCGAUGCAUGGAAUCCAGCAUCGCUACCGGAAGGUGGCCUACACGGGCCUACCGCGACUGCAACCGAAGCUGCUUCAUCCAACACCGUGGUCGCAGAUAACGCGCAAGAACCUCUUCAAUCUAACGUGAAAUCGCCGCUCAGUGAUGACGACUAUUCUGCGUGGGAUAUGCCUGAGGACACGCCAGCUGCUCAACCAGAGCUUACAUCCUUGGAUUCCGUUCUGUCGGAUGUGCCCCCGAGCCUUGAUGACACCGCAGACCAUGGUCAGAGCGAUCCACCGCGCAAUCCGAGCCUAACGAGCCCGAACCCCCCCAUAGCCACUGAAGUCCCGCAAAUCGAGAGCGGUGGGUCUGAUGCGAUCUUUGCGCAGAACGAUGAUUCAGUGGACUUCUCGGAGUUACUGGCAAAAGAUCCGAUUGUGGAGGAACCUCUAGGUCAAUCACAAGUCCCUGAAGCGGAAGCCGCCAGCGAAGUUGCACCUAUUGAAGAUAUACUAGCGGAAGCUCAUCCAGUAGGAUCUCAAACAGCCGAAGAAACGUCGGCUGAACCCCUGGAAUCCAAGACAACUCCAACGGAAUCUUCGUCCGUCACCGCAGUGUUCGAGUCCAGCGAAGGGCCAGACGAUUUUUCCGCUCUGCUGUCUGCAAAUGCUGAUUUAACGCCUAUCUCACCGGAGGCUGAUUUUGCUAGGGAGAGGACUUCGCCUAGCGAAGUCUCUCAACAGGCUACACAAACCCUCCCCGUAGAUUCAUGGACCGGAGCGUCCUCUACGGAGCAGGAAGCGCCCCCGCAUGAGGACAAUCAACUCGCAGAUCAAACCAUCUUCGAUGAGCCAGUACAGUCGACUGCUUCUAUGCAAAUGAACUUCGAUGUACCUGUUGAGGAUGCAAGUGCAGAUGGCAGUGGUGUUUGGGGAAAUCAAGCCGACGGAGAAUUGGAUUCCGAUGGUGAUGAUUUUUUCAACCAACUCAAAACCCAGACCAAACCGAUUUUCGCACCAGAAGCGGAGUCGAGAUUUGAAGAGGGCGUUCCCUUAUUAGAGGAAGACAGUCCAGCAGCUACCCCAGAACAUGCAGUGCGCAACGAUACUGUGGCAAACGAUCCUUUUGUCAAUGACAAUGAUGAUGCAGAGGGUUUCUUUAGCUCCGCCAAACCGUCGGAGGCCAUUGAAGAGCCGUUCCACCUUACUCGCAAGAGCACAGACCAGGUGAUGGAAUCGGUUGGAUUCGAUAUUAAUUCCCCGACAAGUGAUAUCUCGGCAGCGGCCCAAUUCGAAGAUGUUAUCAAGGCCGCGACCUCUGAGCCGCAGAAACCUCAAACACAGCCCAGCGUGCCUGUACCAUCUGAGGAAGAUCUUGCUGCACGAUGGGAGGCAGAGUUAAGCGAUGCAGAGGAAGAUGACCUUGCAGCUCGCUGGGAAGCCGCAUUGGAUCUGGAAGAUGACAUGGAAGAUGAUCUCCCGGAGCCAGCCCAUCAUGAACCCCAGAGCCCAGCGGUUAUUGGCUUGAAUAGUCCUUUCGAGACACCCCAACAGCGGCAAACUCCGCCUAGGCCCAUUCCUGGUAUAUAUGCGCCUCAUCAACCAUCUACGGCGGAUUUGGUGGGAGGUAUGGAUUUCCCAGGAGCACCGCCCACGAAUACCAGCAUUCCACCGUACUAUACCCAGCAGCCGCCAAAUCCAGUCACUAGCAGAGGAGAAAGUUUCGCUGAGCGGUCAAAAGAAGGCUACAAGUCUCCUUACGAUCUUCCCGAUGACUUGUCUCGGCCUCGACGGUCUGUUCUCACUCAUAAGCCUACCCCUCCGAAGGUGGACAACAGCAUGCCGCCGCCACCACCUCCAGGGAGUAACAUGAUGCAAAGCUCUACCCCAUAUGCUGCUCCUCCUGCGUCCACGCCUCCUGUGGGCCCUGCGGCAGCCGCUCCUCCGCCCGCACCGAAGAACUUCUUUGAGGAGCUUCCAUUGCCUCCCCCACGUUCUAGGCCUGCCAGCUCAGGGCGGUAUACUCCAGGACCUUCCGGUCCCGCGUUGGCUGGUACAUCAGUCGGUGCGACGUCGCAAAGCCCAUAUGCACCCCUACCAGGUCCAGCGCCUGCUCCUCCAGGGGCUUCCACUGGCGCCCUUCCUCUCCAGUCUUCGCUCCAGCCGCCAGAGCUCUUGGAUCCGUAUGGCCCCGUUGGAGCAUUAGCCUCGAGUGCGCCUGCUGGUCCUCCUGCCACCUCAAGGUAUUCUCCUAUGCCUCCUACUCUGCAACCUUCAGGGAAAUCUUCUUCGGGACCAAGAUACUCGCCUGCGCCUCCGCCUUUGUCCGCUGGUCGCAACCGUUAUGCCUCUCAGCCGCUUGAUGUUCCUGGUCAAGGUACCAACCUGCCUUUCCAACCCCGUACAUCAAGCCCUCUGGCAUACCACGAAAAAGUUUCGUAUCAACCCGAUGGUGCUCAGCAGCAGCCUCCGCCGCCGCCGCUUCAACCCCCAUCCCUUCAGCCUUCUGUUGAUCUGUCUCCGCCUCGUCAGCGCCAAAGUGUCGAUCAAGGGUCGCCUUAUGCUCCGCAGUUGCCCAAUGGCUCUGCCGAUGCUGCAAGCCAGGUAGCUGGAAGUCCGCCUGGUGGUUCGCAACAGAAGGGCCGUUAUGCACCUCAGGAGUACAUGAAUCAAUUUACUCAACGUAUGGCACCCAACAACACCUACGCUCCUAAUCCUGCCGUCGCCGAUGCUCAGCCUUAUGCCCAAGCAAACGAGCCCGGAGUUGUUUCUCCUCGCAGGUCUCAAACUCAGUCACCUGGCCAGCAGUUGACCAGCCCGCGAGCAUAUGUACCGCCCAUUGACACUUUACCCCGUCCAGCUUCGGUACACGGGUCGAGCUCGCCGACCAAGAUUGCGAACCCGUAUGCACCUCAGCAAGCGGCCGCAAGUCGUGCUCGGGCUGUUUCUCGAGCUUCUCAGCAGCUUGCUUUCAUUGUUCCUACUGAUGGUCAAGAGCAAGAUCCUUUGCAACGUUGGAAGGGUGCUCCCAUAUUCAAGUUUGGAUUUGGCGGAGCUGUGGUGUCAUGUUUUCCCAAGCAUAUCCCUCGUUAUUCUGCUGGUGUAACAACACCUAUGAUAAAGCCUACGCUUGGUGAACCUAAGCAUUCUCAGAUUGAUGCAUGGCUACCGACUGGCGAAACCAUUGUGCCGCAUCCUGGUCCUCUCAAGGCCAAGUCCAAGAAGAAAGAUGUCUUGGCAUGGCUCUCUAGCAAAAUUGCGGCUUUUGAAAACGAGGAAACACCCGGGUUCAGCCCACAGCAGCCUGAUAUCCAGAAGCGCCACGAGGAGAAGAUUUUGCUCUGGAAGGUCGCAAAGAUCUUGGUUGAAAAUGAUGGUACUUUUGAAGGAUCACCUGAAUUUCAGAAAUCCCUACGCCAGGCCGUUUUCCCGAAUCUUGCGGAUUCUCAAACCGCAGAUUCUUACUUUCCGGCGCAGGGUGGUUCUGAAGCAUUUGACCUUCCAUCUCAGCCAGAUGCUGUCGAUGCCCGGUGGAGCGAGGAACUCCGCAACCACUUACUGCUUGGUGAGCGAGAGAAGGCUGUUUGGGCUGCCGUCGAUCGGCGCCUUUGGGGCCACGCAAUGGUGAUUGCUUCUACUAUGGAGAAAAAUAUUUGGAAGCAGGUAGUUCAAGAAUUUGUCCGACGUGAAGUUCGAUCUAGCGGAGGCAAAACAGAGUCGAUCGCAGCUCUUUAUGAAAUAUUUGCCGGGAAUGUUGAGGAGAGCAUUGACGAGCUUGUUCCACCAUCUGCCCGGGCUGGUCAUCAUUUGAUCAGCAAAGCAGGUGGUCAGGGUGCCUCUAGGAACGCACUUGAUGGGCUCGAGAGCUGGAGGGAUACUCUUGGCUUGGUAUUGAGUAACCGCAGCCCCGAAGAUCACCAAGCUUUGCUGGCUCUUGGCAACCUGUUGGCCUCUUACGGCCGUACGGAGGCUGCCCACAUUUGCUUCAUUUUCUCUCGCGGUGCUGUCUUCGGUGGCGCCGAUGAUCCACAGGCCAACAUUGUACUUCUUGGUGCUGAUCACCAGCGCCUCCCUUGUUCCUUGUUGGAUGAUGAUUCUAUCCUCUUAACUGAGGUCUAUGAGUUUGCUACAUCUGUCCUGGGCAACUCCCCAGUAGCCAAUUUGCCGCACCUGCUAGCCUUCAAGCUUAUGCAUGCCAAGUAUCUCGCUGAUCGUGGACGCAAGACAGAGGCGCAGAACUAUUGUGACGCAUUUGCUACAUCUCUCAAAGCAACCACUCGCCCCUCUCCUUAUCAUCAUCAGCAGUUGUUUACGGAAAUUGAUGAGCUAUCGGCGCGCCUUCGUCAAGCUGCCAGUGAUGGAGCUUCAUCUUGGAUCUCAAAGCCCAGUAUGGAAAAGGUGUCUGGGUCAAUGUGGGCUCGCUUCAAUAGCUUCGUUGUUGGUGAUGACAAUGAUGCAGCUUCAACAGGCUCUGGCAAGGCAGGCGAGGUUUCAGACUUUGGACCGUUUGCCAACGUGGCCGGGACACCUACUGUGAGCCGAUCACCAUCUGUAUCGGAUCUAUACGGCUCCUACCCUGGACCAGGGACGCAGCAAAUCCCGCCCGCCGCAAUGCCGGCCGCUGGUUCCUCAAGAUAUCUUCCAUCCAACCAGUACGCAGCCAAUGGUUCGCCGGAACAGUUACGUGGUCGGUCCUCGAUGGAUUCCCAGCGGUCCGUGUCUGGUGGCUUUUCCUUUGGACAGCGUAGACUCUCGCAGGAACCCGAAACCCCAGUGGACUCGACGUUCCCGGGAGCACCAAUGUAUGGAUCUCCAGGCAAUGUUGCAUACCAGCCCACGCCGCCUCAGCAGUCUUAUGUGCCUCUGGCUCCGGUAAAGGAGGAUGCCACGCAAUCACCGGCUGAUGCCACCCAGCCUCCAGUGAAUGGUCUAUUUUACCAACCACCUGGACAGGAAAACGGCUCUGACAGUCAGUCGCCGUAUUACCAAGGCCCACCUGGCAUGCCGCAAGCUGAAAACUCUGGCUAUAUGCCCCCAGCCGCUCCUAAUUCAUAUGAGCCUCCUUCUUACGCUCCAGUCAUGAACCUCGCUCCUGAGGAAAUUGAACCCCAGGAGGAAGAGGAGUCAAAGCCUAAAAAGUCAUUCAUGGACGGCGACGAUGAUGAUGAUCUCGCUGCUCGAGUAGCAAACCUGAAACUAUCGCAAAAGGAAGAGAAUGAUCGCAAGGCAGACGAAGCAUUCCGAAAGGCGGCCGAAGAAGAUGCCAAACGCGGUGAACAGCAAGCUCAAAAGAAGGGCUGGUUUGGUGGAUGGUUCGGGGGAGCUGCCAAAAAGGACGCCGACAAUUCAGGCGGUGGUCCUAUCAGAGCCAAGCUAGGCGAGGAGAGUUCCUUCUACUACGAUAAUGACCUCAAAAAAUGGGUCAACAAGAAGGAUCCCAGUUCAAGUGCUGCCGUCCGUGCUACACCACCGCCUCCACGAAGCUCUGCGCCCCCUAGCCGGGCCAGCUCUGGUAGUAUGCCGCCUCCCCCCGCUCCAUUGUCCGCCGCGUCUGGCAGUCGACCCCAAUCGUCGUCGAGUGAUGCAGCGAAUCUGUCGUCUAGUCCUGCUUUCCCCGGACUCGCUGUCCCUCCGCCAAUGCCACGAUCUGUUUCUACUGGCGGGGCCAUGGCGUCCACUCCGCCUAGACCUACUUCUUCCCUCAGCCAUGCCCAAUCUAUCGAUGAUCUUUUGAGUGCUCCCACAGCUCGCAAGGGGGCCACCACCGUCCGAGGCAGAAAGAAGGGUCGCUACGUUGAUGUCAUGGCUCAAUAA